AUGUCCGACCCCUUCAAGGCCAGAACACUGAAAAGGAAGAAUGUCAAAGGAUUGGCCUUGAAUGCUCCUCCUCGGACAGCAAAUCCCUCGGAAGGUGAUUCACAGAUACCUGGGGCCCUGGGAAAUUCGGAAAGUGACCGUACAGACACGUUGGAAAUUGGAUUGGAAUUCAAACUCGACUUGAGAAGUGAAGAUCUGAUCGUACUUAAAGAGCUGGGUGCGGGCAAUGGAGGAACUGUGAGCAAGGUCAUGCAUGCCUCGACCAAGGUGAUCAUGGCGAGAAAGAUCAUCCGAGUCGAUGCAAAGGAAAAUGUCCGCAAGCAAAUCGUCAAGGAAUUGCAAGUCGGACAUGAUUGCAGUUCACCAUAUGUGAUCACAUAUUAUGGAGCUUUCCAAAAUGAAGCUCGCGAUAUUGUACUCUGCAUGGAAUACAUGGAUUGCGGAUCCUUGGAUCGUAUAUCUAAAGAUUUUGGUCCGAUCCGCGUCGAUGUACUCGGGAAAAUCACAGAAUCCAUACUUGGAGGCCUUGUAUACUUAUACGAGGCACACCGCAUCAUGCACCGAGACAUUAAGCCAUCCAACGUGUUGGUAAAUUCGCGGGGAAUGAUCAAGCUAUGUGAUUUUGGGGUCGCUACAGAAACCGUCAACUCGGUUGCCAACACAUUCGUCGGAACUUCUACGUACAUGGCGCCGGAACGAAUUCAGGGAGGAGUUUACACCAUCAAAUCAGAUGUUUGGAGCGUGGGUCUUACAGUGAUGGAACUUGCCAUUGGGAGAUUUCCAUUCGACUCCAGUGAUUCUGCCGCCGGCGACCGGGCCAGUGCGGGACCGAUGGGAAUUCUCGAUCUUCUGCAAACCAUUGUCCAUGAACCUGCACCAAAAUUACCGAAAAGCGAAGCGUUCCCCGUCAUUUUGGAAGACUUUGUGGCCAAAUGUUUACUCAAAAGUCCCGACGAGAGACCGACGCCGAGAGAACUGUACGACAGGGACAACUUCUUGCAGGCUGCCAAGCGGACCCCUGUUGAUCUGCAAGAGUGGGCUGUUUCGAUGAUGGAAAGACACAAUCGGAAAUCCUAUUUGGCACCUCCCGCCCCGAAAUCCCUCAAGAGUGAUGGCACAAGCUCGGACGCGUCCUAUGCCACAUCUGCGGCGUCCACCGCAUCUUUCGCCAGCGAUACUCGAAGCACACCGAUGACAGCGAGACGAUAUGCAAGUCCUACCUCCGACGACAUACCAGUUGCGGCUCCACAAUUCGCCUCUCAGCAGACUCCAACUGGAAUUGUGGAGAGAUCACCGCCCCCUCCGCUUUCUUUACAACAUCUCUCCUUGGAGACGAGGGAUGCGCCCAACGGCGUCGGAUCUCGUUCCAAUCGCCUGGGAUACAACGACCGAGACAACAUACCUGAGCCGGCCUCAGCUAUUGAACCUUCCCAGCGGCCAAUGUUCCCGCCGAGGACAAGCAGUAGUAACUCUGUCAUGAAUAGAAACCCUCUGGCGAGCCCAGCGCUUUCCAUACGACAACCGCCACCUUCUGGACCCCUCCCACCGCCUCCGAUGAAAGACUUACCGGCACCACCUACAUUGAGAAGCGCGGGAAUAGCUAGUCCACGUCGAACUAGGUGA